AUGCAUUCUCGAUAUCGUUUUGGUUAUAUUAUUGCAGAAGAUCCAUCAUCUUAUCAAAUACCAACUAUCGAACCUGUGCAUAUAUGGAACUCAUCAAACAAAGAUAUUGUUGGGUUGCGCAAAAACCUACUUCGCCAAUGGAUUUUUGCUUCGAUUGAACUUUGGACUGUUAUCUUCCUUAUUUCAACAAUAUAUUUAGGAUCUGGAAGUAAUCCGAGCAAAUAUACAGACAAUCUAGACGUCAAUAUUAUUGACUAUGAUGGGGAUCUUGCGGGAUAUUAUUUUACGAAUGCUUUUCGGCAAACGACAUCCGGCAAUUCUACUUUACAUUGGUGUUAUAAAGAUUCAAGUGAUUUCAACCAUAAUGUGGAUGAUACACAAGAUGAAGUACAAAAUGGAAAAGUAUGGGCUGCUGUUGUACUUCGAGCAGAUACUACACGUCUGAUUAAUCAAUCACUUGCAGCACUAGCAAACACGACUACCACACUUUUUUCACCGUUCACCAGCACACUGCCGAUUCUCGUCAUAUAUGGAGAUGGGCGUAAUGCUUUUACAGUCAACAAUUAUGUUCUACCACCCAUUCGAUCAGCUAUCGCUAAAGCCAGUACUCAGUAUGGUCAAUAUCUACGUAGUACUCUCAUCCACAAUCUCUCAUCAUCGGCAAACUCUGCUAACAACUACACUCAACAACUCUUCAAUACAUUCCAAAUUGGAACACUUCUUGUAGAUCCAUUGAGUGCAAGCUAUCAAAAUAUUCAUCCUGGCUCUCCUUUUGUUGGCCAACUGGCAACAACACUUGGUUAUAUAUAUCUCUAUCUAGUCUCUGGAAUGGUUGUUGGCGGUGCCAUCAAGUUUGUUUCACAGUUUGUGGGAAAAAUUCAUUGGUUCGACUUACUUCUCUAUCGCAUUCUCAAUGGUCUUUUUCAAGCGUUUAUGAUAUCACUUAUCUAUUCACUAAUUGUUCUCUGGUUCUUCGGUAUUCGCUCCGGUAGUCUUUUCAUGCGUUAUUGGAUGUUCAAUUGGUUAUCCAUUAUGGUAUUCGGUAUGAUUGUCGUCCUAUUCACGAUCAAUCUAGGUGUUCUCGGCAAUUCUCUCUUGACUAUCUUUGUCGUUCUUUUGCUAGCAUCUGCUACAUUUCAAUUGGUUCUUGAGCUUUCGCCAACAUUCUAUCGGUAUGGAUACGGACUACCACUGUAUCACAUAGUGAAUGGUGCAAGGCAUCUUUUAUUCAACUCAUAUUCCAAUUUUGGGCUGAAUAUUGGAGUACUAGUUGCUUACUUUGCUACAUUUUGGUCACUAGCGUUAGUUACAUCGGCGUAUUGGCUUAGGAAGCAACAGACAAAUUUCUUGAAAGAAAACCAACAAAAGAAAUAG